CGCAGGAUGUAAACAAACCAACAUGGCGGUCAGGAUAACGUGUAUUUUGGGAUUUUUCCUGUUAUUUUUCGUUUGUGUGUCGAGUAAAAAAACUAACGAUGAAGAAAAACCGGCUUGGACAAAGAAGGACAUAAGAGACUACACUGAUGCUGAUAUGGAACGACUAUUGGAUCAGUGGGAUGAAGAUGAAGAACCUUUACCAGACGAUGAGUUGCCAGAACAUUUACGACCUCAGCCCAAACUCAGUUUUGACCCAAAUAAUAUAGGUGAUCCUGAAAAUUUAUUAAAAAUGAGCAAGAAAGGUCGUACACUUAUGAUGUUUGUGCAGGUAGCAGACCAUUUGUCUCCUGAUGAAGCUGAAGAGGUUACCAAGAUAUGGCAGAGUGCAUUGUACAACAGUCACAUUCAGGCAGAGAGGUAUAUGGUAGAUCAGCGUCGUGCCAUAUUUAUGUAUAAGGAUGGCUCACAAGCUUGGGAUGCUAAAGACUUCUUAGUUGAACAGCCUGAAAUGAAGGAAUGCUCUAUUGAAAACAAAGUUUAUCAUGGCUAUCAUACUUCAGAGGGUAAAAAAGAAAAAGCAGAAGCUGAAGCAAAGAAGAAACCAACAGCCAAGAAGGGAAAGAAAAGGAAAGAAGAAUUAUAACAUUAUCAGAGUUAGAAUGUUGUCGUUAAUUCUAGUAGGGAUUUUAUAUUGUCCACAGUUUCUAAAAUAGUCUGCAAGAAAAUUCAGGUGUACAAAUAGUUUCCUUAGAAGAGGUUGUAAAUUUGAUUUGACUGACUGGUUGGCUUGCACUUAUUAAUGGGCAUCUUAUCAAUGAACAUUUUGUGUAGGACAUUAAAAUCCCUUCAAAAUUUCUUGGGUAUAGCCCAAGUGCAAAAACUUAGUCUCAUCAUAUAUUUAUAUAUAGAACUACUAUAAAGAAUUGUCAUUGUUGCCCUGCCCUUGGGGGGUAUCAGACAUAUUUAAAUUAUAAAUUGUAGGCUAAUUGUUAAAGCAUUAAAGGAGUAUUUUGUUCUUGACAUAGUGAAAGAAUUUUUAUAACUUCCCAAAUAACCUUGCGUAUCUGUAAGUGCUAUCAAGUGCCAGCAUUUGUCUUACGUUCUGAGUAAAUCUGAUUAUAAAUCAGUAAAAACAACUUUCCCCAAUAACCUUGCAUAUCUCUUAAGUGCUAUCAAGUGCCAGCGUUUGUCCUAGGUUCUGAGUAAAUCGGAUUAUGAAUCGACUGAAAAACUUAUUAUUACAAACAAAAUAAAAUCCAUAAAUUUACUGCAUUCACUGAACAGGGCAAAAUUUUAAAUAUGCUCCCAUUUAUAUAAUAUUAACAACAAAACAACAGUUCCUAUCAAAGUAAAUUGCCCAAUAUCCAAAUGUAACUCACCAAUGCUAUAAAUGCUCUACAAGUGUUCAAAAGGUAGGAUCUGAGUUGAGACCCCAUGGGAACUCUCCAUAAAAGAGAAGGGUUAGGAGGCAGGAUCUGAGUUAGACACACACACCAUGGAACUCUGUAAAAGAAAAGGGAUAGGAGGAAUCAGAAGAUGCAGUAAUAUAUAAUCACAUUAAUACUAUUUUAACACAUAUCAAGUACCACAACUCUUGAGAGUGGUUUUCAAGUGCUACAAAGUGUAAAUUUUUUUUUGUAUUGUGUACUUUGAUCCAAUUUAUAAAGGAUUCUAAAGGAGAAAGGAAUGCUGGCACUUUUUUAAUAUUUCACAAUCAAACAAUUCCGUAGUCUGGUCACCAUACCUAAUACAUAUAAAUGAAAGGGUGGUUAUCUGAAGAAAUUGAGUUUGCCAUCUGGGCAAUGUUUCUUUUAAGUAUUUUUACUUUGUCUUCCAUAUUAUGUACUUGUACAAAAUGACCCUUCCAUACUUUGUCUCAAACCGUUUAUAUAGAAUUAUCUAAUUAAAAUCAAAUGCUCAAACUCAAAAACCCUUCUCCAGUGCUUUCUUCCUCCACGUUUCAUUCCAGGUGUUAAUGCAUGAAGCAUGUUAAACUUUUUUUGUCUUUUUGAUGAAUUUCCAUGAGUUUUACUUUAUCAUUGAAAUUAAUUAAUGUCACUAGCAACAGACGAGAAUAGUUAUGGUAUUUUUGAUAAUGGGCCACUUUUUAUCUUUCAGCAUGAUGGUAUUUGAGUAGUAAGUAAUUAUUCUUGCCUGUUUACAUUUUAUGCAACUACCACCCCAAGUUUGCCAACAAGUAAUGUGGUAAAAUUAUGGCUUUCAAGUUAAUCCGGUUCAACGCUUUUAUAUCUUGCAAAUGGAAUUGCCAAACUAUUUAACCAAAAUUAGAUAGUAGUAAUCAUAAAACAAAUAGAAUUUCUAUGGGAGAUUUAGUUUGAGGUGAAAUUUUUUUUUUUAUAGAGGUUAUUGGUAAAAAUGUGAUGUAAGGAUUUUCAAUAUGAAUCUCUCCUUCUUUUGAGGUUUUUGGUGAAAAUGUGAUGUAAGGUUUUUCAAUAAAAUAUGGAUUACUCUC